UCUAUGGCUGGCUUUCUGGUCAUCCUCCCCAGCACCUCCAGGGAUCUGCUAUCCCUGCCCCGAAACCUAGGCAGCCUUUGUGCUCCCUCCUAUGGCCUGGGGUAGGCAUCUUCCUAAUGCCUCUGAUUGCUCCUCACCCACCUGUCCAAACCACACCCCACCGCACCUGCACUGUCUCACUGCACUCAUACUCCCUAAUAGCCCACAUCCAGGCCACUAAAAUUGUCACUGCCCCUCAGAGUUCCUGAUCUUUAUCAUAAGCUGAGGUUUUAAUUUACGACCUGCGUGUUCUUCUACACAUGAGGGUCCCUGCAUGAGUGUCUCGCUGGAGGGGGUGGGUGGUCCCACCGUUUUAUCCAGGAUAAAACAGGAGACACCCAGUGGCAGGGCAGGAUCUUCUGACCACUCCCUCAAACGUGUCUAGCUGCUGUCCUUCUGGGCCUUUAUCCUUACAACUGAGUCUCAACUCUCUCCUGGUUUUUGAAGUGCUCUGAGAACAGCCCGAGGAAACUGGGCGCAGAUUGGCAGGUGUUCAUCUGGUCUCCACCUCCAGCAGCGGAGCUGGAAGAGCCUUGGGGGAGUGACUUCCAGGCCUUCCUCCCCCAGCAAAGCUACCUCGAGGCAUAAAUAAACAUUUGCCCAAGAUCUGAAGGCUCCCGCGUUGGGACUGAAGGCCGGGAGGCGGCCAGAUCAAAGGGAGCCGCCUGGGGGCCAAGGCUGGUCCGGGAGCGCCGAGGGACCACCCCUCUGGGGAGGGAGGGGGACAUCCCGGACGCUGACCCCGAGAGCAGCGCGGGCGUCCCCGCCGGAGCUGGGGCAGGAGAGGGCGGCAAGCCGCGCGCCCCCGCGGCCACCGGGCUCCCCUCGCGAGCCCCGCGCGCUGCUGCCCCGGAGGAGGCGCGGCGGGGCGCGCACAGACUCGGUGGAGCGGGUCGGAGGCGCCGGGCAGAGCAGCCUCGGGCGGGAGACGAUGCCUCGAUUGCCCGGCCGAGCGGGGCUCCUCCUCGGCGUCGUGCUGCUGACGGCGCUGCUGGCCGCGGGCCGAGGGCUCCCCCUGAGGACGCCGCGGGGCCCCGCGCCCCGGCCUCGGAGCCGCGCGAGGCUGGCGGAGGUCUUGGCCUCCCCAGAUCCCAGCUCUCCUAGAGAAGAGGAGGGGACACCACUGCUCCCCAGAACCCGCCUCCAGGCAGGGCCACACCAGCACAGGCGCCGGGCUCUCCCUGAGCCAGCAGCCCUGGCCCCCAACAAGGCAGCCCCUCCCGGGACCCUGGAAGACACUCCUUUGCUGCUGGAGCUGCAGAAGCUGCCAGGAUUGGCCAACACAGACUUGAGUGCCCCAAACCCCAAUAUCCAGGUGACCAUCGAGGUGGCAGAGGACCCCCAGGCCGAGGUGGAGAUGGACCUAUUGGCCGAGCCCAGCAAUCGCUGGCCCCAGGGCACCCCCAGCUGGCUGCCCGCCAAGGAGCUCUUUUGGCCCCUCUUCUGGGGCUACCUGGAGGGCGAGGAAGGGGGAACUGGUCUCAAGGGCAGAGCCCCAGGGGAACAGGAGGAGGAGGAGGUGGAGGAGGAGGACUACCCAGCAGAGUACAGUGAGAACAAGGACCAGGAGGGCAACGAUGACGAAGAGGAGGAGGAGGAGGAGCCUGAGUUCAGUGGAGCCUCAGGCAGCUGGGAGCAGGGCUGGCUGGCCCCUGGGGACUGGGCCUUCAAGGACCCAGACAGCUACGGCUAUGAGCUUCAAGAGGAGUGGAGCCCCUGGUCUCCCUGCAGUGGGAGCUGCGGCAGCAGCAGCCAAUGGAGGACUCGGCCCUGUGGCUACGCCUGCGCUGCCACCGAGUCCCGUGCCUGUGACCUGCCCCCCUGUCCUGGCACCAAGGACGAGGACCCUUUGGGCUUCCCCAGUGAGGGGUGGAAGCUCCUGGCCCACAAUGCUACGGACAUGCUUGGCCCAGAUGUGGACAGCUGUGAGAAGUGGCUGAACUGCAAGAGUGACUCCCUAGCCGAGUACGUGAGCCGGGUGCUGCGGGACCUGCCCAGCUGCCCAUGUGCAUACCCGCUGGAGGCCGUGUACAGUGCCGUGAGCCUGCGGGACGAGCACCAGGGCCGCAGCUUCCGGUGGAGGGAUGCCAGUGGCCCGCGGGAGCGCCUGGACGUCUACCAGCCCACGGCCCGCUUCUGCCUGCGCUCCCUGCUGUCCGUGGAGAGCAGCACCCUGGCCGCCCAGCACUGCUGCUAUGACGCGGGCAGCCGGCUGCUGACCCGGGGCAAGGGCGCCGGCGCCCCCGACCUCGUCAGCACCGACUUCUCGCCUGAGCUGCACUUCAAGGUGGACACGCUGCCCUGGAUCCUGUGUAAGGGGGACUGGAGUCGCUACCAUGCUGUGCGGCCCCCCAACAACGGCCGGGCCUGCGCCGACAACCCUCCGGAGGAGGAGUACCUGGCCCAGUUGCAGGAGGCCAAGGAGUACUAAUGAGGGUGCUGCUUUGCUAGAACUUUCCUUGCAGGCUCCUCACUCCGCCCCUGCCCAGACUGGGUGAGCACAAGGGCUCCCCUUGUGAGGCUGGUCUGGGGCCUGUGGACUGGAGGCAGGUCAGCACCCAGGUAUCUGUGGGGUUGGGGAGAAGGUUGAAGGGUAUAUAGAGCCCAGGGUGAGGGGAGGGAGCUCAGCCCCCAGGGUCCCUGGGGGUGCAGGGGAAAUGUGGGGGAGGGGCCUCCUCCUGCCUGCUGGAGGCGCUGUCCCAGCCUGGCCACUCGUUUUCUUCCUGGCCUCUUCUGCCCUGGCUCUGCUCACACCUGUGAGCUGGGCUCUCCACACACAUCCUGAUUCCCAGGACCUGCAGUGAAUCACUCACCCCAACCCCGAGGGCCACUCCUUUCAUCUGGCCCCACAGCUGCCCUUUGUCAGGCUGACAUCCAGCCCUGCGUGACCAGCCCUCCUUACCUCUGGGUGGUUGCACAUGGCUCUCUUGCCCCACCCCUGCUGGGAGCACUGCAUAGGAGGGUUUUUCUCAGCUCCAAGCUGCCUUUUGGUGGACUCCACUUUAGUCUAGGGCUGAAGGCUCCAGAUGGGAAAUGGAUCACGCAGUUCAGGUCCCUUUCUUUGUCCAGCCCACCUCUUCAGUCCAGAUUCUAAGAAUGUGUGGGGCUGGGAGAUGGCACUGCCCCAUGUGGGCACAACAGCCAGGCUUGGGGUGGGCUCAGAACCAGCUCAGGAGGAUGUGUCAUGUUCCUGUGGUGAGCUGGUAAACCAGUUUUGCAGCGGGGGGCGGGUGCUGAUUUGUAGCAUUUGGGCAAUUUCUGUGGUGUAAAUACUCCCACCAUCACCUACUUCAGGCUCCCAACAUGAUGUCACUGGAUGCGCAGAGCUCAGAGUUGGGAAGAGAGGCACAUAAUCGACUCUCCCAGUACAACUCGUGCCUCCUGCCUGCCUUCCCUCACCCCCCAAACACACUUCCUUGCCUUCUGUGGGGUUGAAAUGCUGAAGUCCCAACUGUCCCUGUUCACAAAAGCCUCUGAAAGGUAGGAGACUUCAGUCCUAAACCCUAGACAGCUGCCCUGAAGCUCUCUGGGAUCCUCAGCAAUAAAGCACUUUGUUUUCAAAUUCUGUCUGAUAAAGAAUUUGGGCCCCAGCAGAGCAGAGGGUGUAAGGAGCCCUUGCUUACAGCCCAAGCCAAGCUCCGUGGGUAGCGUCUGUGACUACCUAACCCAGCUGGGCAGGCAGAGCUCCUGGGGUGUAGAGGUUAGACUGGGAACGUGAGUUAUCCCUACUCCACCUUGGGACGGGCUGCCUGGAGGCAGGGAGGAGCUGGCUGGACCUCAGGGGUGCAUUUUCUCUAAGUUCUUUGGUCAGAGAAGUAAACUGCAUUUACUGUACGAGGAAGUGGCCCCACUUCCCCAAGUAAGUUGCCCCAAAGGGAUCCAACGCAGAGUUGCCCAGAGGACCACACCUGUAAGAUGACAGAGGGGGACCUGUACCCUGCCUUGGUUGGUACCCUUAUUAAACUCUCCACCAUGACUCCUGGCAUUUGGGGACGGACAGAGACACUUCAGGAAGUAGAAUGAGGCAAGUGUGUCCAGAGUCGCCUCCCGGAGAUGCUCAGAGAGCCAGAUGUUUCCGAUUACCAUCACACUUGGAGGUAAAUUUAUUAGUCUGGUCCUGGACCACAGUCUAAAAAUACUCUGAGGCAGCUAGAAUAUUGCAGGGUCGGAGAGGGCGGGAUUUCGGGUCACCAGAUGGGAGCAAAUUCACUCCCUUUCUCUUGCCUGGGGAAUUCAAUACAAUUAGCUUGGGCAUGUUUUAAUUAUUUUUUAGCAGAAACUUUUUUUUAAUAGCAAGAUAGAGAUAUCCCAGCAUCUGUUUUCACAGGAAACUGCUAAUUCCCCUCCUUUCUUAUAUAACUUAACCUUGACACUUAGUCUAAAUUUAAUCGAUACCUAGUGGUCAUCUAUUACCCAAACUGAAUGUAGCCAGCCACAUUUUUUUUUUAAUUUUUAUUUAUUUAUUUUUCCCCCAAAGCCCCAGUAGAUAGUUGUAUGUCAUAGCUGCACGUCCUUCUAGUUGCUGUAUGUGGGACGCGGCCUCAGCAUGGCCUGAGAAGCGGUGCGUCGGUGCGCGCCCAGGAUCCAAACCCAGGCCGCCAGCAGCGGAGCGCGCGCACUUAACCGCUAAGCCACAGGGCCGGCCCAGCCAGCCGCAUUUUUAAUCUGUAAUCUAAGCGUCACGCUCAAUUGCUACGAUGUCAGGCCACAGAUGAGAGAAACUAAAGAAAAGGGGGCUGGAAAGGAUCUUUGACGGGGGCUGGGGAGUA